GCGGGUGUCUCCCCUGGACUUGCUCAGGUCGUCCAAGAGUUCCACUCGGACUACACGGAGGCCAGUAACAUCAUCUCCUACUGCCUUCUGGCUAUUGGCCUGGGUGCCUGGAUCUGGACACCUACUGCGGUCGUGAUUGGAAAGCGGCCAGUUCUAGUGACGUCCCAGCUCGUGUUCGUUGCUAGCAGCAUUUGGGGCUCUCAGGCUACUUCCAUGCAGAGCCUCCUGGGAUCAAGAAUCGUUGGAGGUCUUGGGGCUGAGCUGUUCUACGAAAAGGACUAUUCUAAAGCCAUGGCUGCAUAUACCCUCAGUCUCUGCCUGGGCUCGCAGCUCGGUAACCUCAUUGGAGGGCAUCUUAUCGCCGCGAGGGGUUGGCAGUGGCAUUUCAAGCUCCUGGCAAUCCUCGGCGGGAUCAACUUCGUCACGCUCUUGUUCUUCUGUCCCGAGACCGCCUACAUCCAGGAUAUUGCCGACAAUGCGAACGCAGCUGAUGUUGACGACGACAUCCGCCGCCACACUGAUGGCAAGAAGCAGAAUGCUAUGAAGUCGCUGACGCAGAACCUGUUCUACCUCCGUCACCCGCAUGUCCGAGGAGGUGGCCUUAGGCAGUGGGUUCUGUCUUUCCUGCUUCAGAUUGAGUACACCUUCAACCCUACCGUUCUUCUAUCGUCAGGCAUGUGGGGAAUAUCUCUGGCAUGGGUUGCUGGCAUCUCCGUGAUUCAAAACCCUCUCUUCGCUGCGCCUCCCUUCAACUGGAGCCCCGCUGAGAUUGGAAACUGGGCCGUCACAAGCACUGUUGGAGUUGUCGUGGCAUUCCCCAUCGCUGGUCCUCUCACCGAUUUUGUAUCCAGCCAGAUUGGCAAGCGUAGAGGUCACCAUAUGCCCGAGCAUCGCCUCUACACUCUGAUUCUUCCUUUCCUCGUCGGCUCGGCUGGUCUGAUAAUCUUUGGUUAUACUUAUGCCAAUGGAUCUUAUGUUGGGCCUGCAGUCGGAUACGCGAUGCAAACAUCAACCUUGCUGCUGAUCCCGGCGACUGUCCUUUCUUACGGGGUUGACAGCUACCCAUACGACUCUGCUGAGGUGGUGUCUCUGAUGAAUGCCGUCACUCAUCUGAUACCAUUUGGCUUGAUCAAGACGGCUUCAGACUGGCUGGAGAGAGAUGGUACUCGAAAGAUGUUCCUGGACAUGGCAAUCAUCCAGUGGGCAUUGAUUGCCGGCAUCACUGUUGUCCUGAUUUUGUUCGGGCCCUUCAUUCGCGUUCAGUCGCACAAGAUUCAUGCCAAGUAUGGUGCAAAGAGGUUUUUGUAA